AUGUCUUCAGAGGGUUCUCCAAAUGGCAUGGGCCACCGUCGCAGCUCCAUCACCCAAGCUGCCCUAUCCAACCUGUUUCAGCGUGGCUCAAGCACCGGUUCCAUUGGGGGCAGCGCUCAGCUGAACAAUGGCUUCGACCCUCAGAGACGACGACUUUCCGUCACCACAAUCGGCCUCUCGGGCACAUCGCCUGCCAAUCCGCCUUCCUUCAGUAUGCGCCGCGGCAGCAUGUCGACCAGCUCCGAUUCCAUCGACGAGAGUGCCAUUGAAGAUGAAGACGUUCCGGGCAUGUCCAGAACAGCCCCCAACACUCCAUUCGCCCGGCGUAUGAGUUUUGGCGGCUCUACAAUGAGAAGCUACCGACCGGGCGGAAACAGUCCUGGCAAUGACCAGCAGGGCUUCAACUGGUCCGAGCAACUUAGGUCUCGAGCCGAGAGCUCCGUCACAGGUGCUCGCCCCUCGUUCUCGCUAGCCUCCUCACCUCCAAGAGCUGCACCUCACCACGAUCGGGCCAGGUCCGUCUCCGACAUGACGCAACCGCCUGUUCAAGCACCGCCGGCGCCUCACCACCAACCGAAGCCGGCGCCUCGUAAGCCAGAUGCCUUUCAGGAGAGAAUCCUGAAGGGCGACUUCUACAUGGAUUGA